AUGUGUAAUGUGACGUGUCUGAGACUGUCAAACACAUCGAUUUUGGUUACGUUUAUAUAAACGUGAUUAAGCAAUAUUUUAUAAUUGUAUUAAUUACAAAUAUAAAUUAAACGGUAUUUUUCUAUUAAAUAACCACGAAAAAUGGUUUACGUAUCAAGUGCUGGAAACGUCUUAGGUGAUACUCCCUUGUAUUUAAAAGUGUAUAGAUUUUUUACACACGUAAUUCUCAUGGUCAUUGUAUUUUUCAAAACAUUAAUCAAUCCUGACAUGAACAAAUAUGGAAGUGAAUAUACAAGAGAUUAUAGACCUGGCUCUGGGCCACCACGUCCACCAACACGUAGAAUAGGAAGACCUAAUACAGGGCAUACUAUUGAUAUUCCGAUUGGAGGAUGUAGAAGUUGUGUUGGAUAAAGUAAAUUUUAAAUACAAUAAUAAAAGACCAAAAUCUCCUAAUUUCUUCAUACUCGUUAUAACUGUAAGAUUGAAAAAUUAAGUUAUCUAUCAAUUUGAAAUUUGUAUGAUGGAAAAGUAAUGAACAAAGAUU